AUGCGCUUCGAGAUUGUCCUCACGCCGCUGUUGGUCUUCUCCGCGACUGCAGUGCCGGUCCCAACCAACAACAACAACAUCCAGAUCGCCACACGACAAGAACAGGACAUCUGCAACGGUACCGAUUUCGCAACUGUCUUCGAAGUCCGAGUCUGCGAGCCCUACGACGCAUCCACAUGCAGUGCCAUUGCGGCCACCAUCCAGGACUGCUCCUACGACAGACUACUAUACUGGGGCUGCGAAGACGACGCAAGUGGUGCAUACAACGGCACCGGAGGAUACUACGCUCGCGUGGAAAUGAUUCCAGAUACGACCAACAUGAGCUGCGUCGACGAGUACCUGCAGGAGAUGUUCCCGGACAAGACGGACGUCCAGCUGGAUGUCACUGAUUGCACCGGACGCAAGGCUCCACAGAUGCAAGAACGCAACGCCAUCCAAGUGGGUGGCCCGUACGACGUGAACCGCUGCGUCGACACCGAAUCAACGCUGGUGAAGUCCUGCUUGACCACCCCGGUCAACGUCCGUAUGGAGAACUGGAAAUGCUAUGAUGACGGAAGCUCCAUGUAUAACGAUGGCAUCGUGGGGACCUACAACAUCUCCUUGGCCGUGCAUCCGUAUGAUCCGCAUCCUUACUACAGUAACUGCAUUGACGCAGUCCUGGACGACAAGUUUCAUGAGUUCCUUGACGUCACUGGGGGCUUGAAGUGCAACGAAACCGUUUGA